AUGCAUCAAGGCGAUGGGGCAUGCUACAUUGACCAAGAUAUUCUUGCUCUCAUUGUCGAGAAGCUUUUCGAUUGUUCGCCUUCGUCCAUCCCCGCUGUGGUAUCAUGCAAUAGGAUGCUCUAUGAGACUGCUCGCCCAUAUCUUGCUCGCCAGAUCUGCCUGCGAAUGGACGCGGAGCACCUGCUCGAGACGCAGCAUCGUAUCAAGGACUGCCUGCAUGAUGCCAGCUUAUCCUGGAUCCUCUCGGCCGUUCGCUCCGCCACCAUACGGGCUGACUCGCAAGUCUCCCCCUUUCACAUAAACCCUACGGUCGGGGAGCUCUCGAAGCCCUCAGCUUGGGAGCCAGUGAUCAACCUGCUGCCCACCCUCGGGAAUCUCGUUGACUUCACCUUCGACUGUCCUGUGCCGAUGCCUCCAGCUCUUAUAUUCGCACUACACCAUGCUCAUCCGGGAUCUCGUCUGCAUGUACUACAUUGGAAGCGGCCGUCGCCUGACACGCUCUUCGGGGACCCAUCUGAGCUUGCGCUUGCGGAAUCGCCUUUGCUUCGGACACUGGAAGCUGAUGCUUGGGCUGGGAUGAGGGGAGCAGAUUACCAGUGGCCCGCAUUCGAACGAAUUGUCGGCCGCGCGCCGAACCUGGACUCAUUCCGAUGGAACUGUCGCCACAUCGGAGGGUGCGUUGUGUAUGGCUGGAGUGCCGAAGAAGCGCACGAGAGGCAGGUUCAGAAGGACCGUUUCUGCGUGCAGCCCAUUCGGAAGGCGAUUAAGUCGGUUGACUGUGCUGGCCUGACCUCUCACUCGAUCGCGGCAUGGGCAUCAUUCAUCGACUGGAGUCGUGUAGAGCAUCUCCGAGGACUACACAUAACGAACCACGGCAUUGAUCUGCUGGAUGCGAGCGUAUUCGCUGCACUGAAGUCACUGGAGUUGACUCUGGGCAUAUACAUUCACGACCUCGAGGAUGACCAAGUGACCGGGAUGCGCAACAUCAUAACGGACUUCCUAGUCGCUCUUCCUCCUCUUGAGUCCCUCUCCCUCACAAAUCUUCACGAUCAUCGCCCACUGGAGGCCGCACUUCUGCACCACGGGCCACAUCUACGUACCCUGCACCUUCACGAGGUAGAGCUCCCGACUCGCCCACGUCGUACGCUCACUGCGGAGGACGUCGCUGUCAUCAGCGCUAUGUGCCCUCAACUUUCCGACUUCGCUCUCGAUAUUGAUCGUACGCCGACACAUACCCACGAAGAUGAUAUAUGUGCACGAUUGGCGCAGCUCCCUGCCCUGCGCAAACUGACACUCCACCUGGACCUCGGCCUCAAGCGGUUCUGUGGUCCUUCCAUGUUUGACGCCUUUGAUCGCUUGGUGGCGGCAGGUCAGGCGGCGGAAAGGGGAGAAACGAGAGAAGUAGACGGAUCCUUGAGGGCUUAUGUCCGGCUUGAGAACUACCACGCCGAGGAAGCGUGGUUGUUCUUGAAGGAAAGGAAGGUCGGUACGCCCUUGGAAAAGCUUGUCAUUUGUGUUGGGGAGCAGUAUCGCGAUCUUGGCGCCGGACACCCAGCGAACUGGGUCAUACAGGAGCAGAGCUUGCGACAGCACUUCAAGGUGUUGCCCCACGAGCGGGAUGAUAGGCCGAACGAGGUCAUGAUCGACACAGGAGAAAGAAAUUAG